AUGUGGUUCCGGGCAGUUUGGUCGUCAACAGCUGGACUGGGAGCAGGGGGAGCCAUGUGUCGCAGAGGGCUUCCCCGAGGCAAAGCCGACUUCGUGGGAGACGCGCUGGUCUGGCUUCAGCACCGUUUCGCUGUAUGUGGAGAGAUGGUCGACCAUAAAACGUACGUGUGCUUUAUGACGAGCCCGCCAGCCAAGGAGGCCGUGGUGUGCGGCCGCAGCUCCGCCACAGGACCGGAUACAGCUUCCCUGGUCGUCUCGCUUCCAUUUUCGGAUGAUGGCCAGAAGACAAGGGCUCUGGCUCUGUGUUUGUGGAGACAUGUCUUGGGCUAUGUAUCCAUCCACUUGGUACAGCCUGACCACCGUGGGGGUCCCCAGGCCCUGAGGCCAGCAUCUGGGAAGACGCAUUGCCAUGGCCCCAUCGAGGAGAGCGGGUGUCACCUGCGAGAGGAUCGAACCUGCUUUGGGAGUGUCUCUGAGCACGGUUCCAGCUCUGGGGUUUUGGACUCUGGUGUCAAGGCCAAGUGCAAGCCCUGGGACCCAGAGAAGCCCUAUGCUCCGGUCUCUGUGGCUUUCCUGGCCAGCCUGGUGGAGUCCUUUCAUGACUUCAGUCCACCACCCACUGGUGACCCCAGCUUUCCAGUAAGAGAGCUGUCCACCCCUCAGGACAUUCUGGAGGAGGCCAGCUUUGAAGAUGAGGCCCUGGCACCUGGGGCCUUGCCCGAGCUUGGUGUCUGUGAGAUGGUUUAUGUCCAGGAGGAGAACGCCUCCCCACCCCAAACCCCUGGCUGGGAGCACCAGGCCAGCUUCUUGGGGGGCCGGGCUCCUCCUUCCCCAGCAAAGAGCAAAGUCAAGCUCAACCAGUUCCUGCUUCCAACGUGGGGCCCGGCAGAGAGAGCCAAGUGCGCCCCUAACGGGUCCCCCAGGAGCCCCCCUCCCGUGAGCCCCCCACCAUCCCAGACCAGCAGCCCCGUGGGUCACGAGCCCACCUUUCGCGCCGUGAAGUCCCCCGUCCGCCCGUCCAGUGAGGCUCCCCAGGGGUCUGCGCUGCCGGAGGAGGACAGGAAGCUCCCCCACAAGACCAACCGGGGACCCGAGGCAGAGUUACAAGGGUCAGGACGGCCGCCCCGACCUGAGCCCCGGGACUUUCUUCCUUCCUACGCUGCAGGAUGCUUCAGGCACCUCUUAUGCUUCCUGGCCUCCCUCCUGCAGUCGGUCGUUUUCCCAGGGAACCCUGGCUCCUUCUCUUGGAUAAUGUUACGAGAAGGCAACAUCUGGGCACAAGAUGUGUUCGCUGCUACCGGAGAGUCAUUGCUUCUUGGCCCUCCAAGCCCUCGGAACGAGGAGAGUGUUGGCUUCUACUACCUCGUAUGUGUGCGCAUCAAUACGAAGCUCUACAUGUAG